AUGCCAUCGUACUCGGAACCGCCUACGCCAAUCCAUGAAGUCGAUUACUAUUGUACACAAUUAGAGACGAGUUCAUGUGAUGACAUUAACAACUUGAAACCGCUCGGAAAGUCGAGGGUUCUAGCCUCAGCACGUUAUAACUGUUUAAAAACGAAACGAGAAGAAAUCGCCAGGUUUCUGAAGGAUCAUGCCAAUGAGAAUCUUGAAGAUUAUAUAACCGAUCUGAGAUGUUUCGCGCGAUCAAAUGGAGGGCUUGUGCUCGACGAAUAUCGGGCUAAAAUAUGGCCAAUACUAGCCCGACGCCUUGUCAAAUCGGAUGAAGAGGAAGAAAUUGAUUAUGAUUCCAUUUCAUCCGUUUCUGAUUCCAAUUCGGUGAAAUCUUCAUCGACUCAGGACACAACACAUGAAACAGAUGAUGAAGAAGAAUUGCGAUCUCAUCCAGAGUGGAAUCAGGUUGCGAUGGAUGUGCACAGAACGCUGGCGAGAUUCCCACCUAACAUAUCCGACGAAAAAAGAUCAACCCUUCAGGAUCAACUGAUUCCGUUGAUUGUUCGAGUUUUACGC